AUGAAUCGCGCGCCUAGCGAGGUCGAUGAAGCCAUCGAGGCAAACCGACCUAUCGUUUCUAAUUCACCGACGAUCGAGAGGGAAAGGCAAGAGAGAGAGGACUCUUCCUGUUCCAGCAGUUCGUCAAGCAGCGAGCCCGAAGAAGAGGAACCUCCGCGCAAGAAAUCAAAACGAGAUGCUCAGGUAACGGUCGAUCUCCGGAUCGACGCGUUAUACGAACAGGUCAGUUUCCUUACAAAUAUAAUUAUGCAUCAGCAAUGUGCGUCAUCAUCAAAUACAAAUGUGACCGCGAAAACCACUGACGUAAUUGAACAACCUGAACAGAUUAAUGAUGAUUUCUUGACCAAUCCUUGCUCUAUUACACCAAAAUCAUUAGAUUUAGGUUUUUGUAAAACGGAUUUUGAUGAGAAAAAAGUUCUUAAACCAGCCGAUGAACAACAUUUAAACCAGUUGAUAAAACUGCAACAUUUUAAUACAUCUACGUGGCAACACAUUCGGUAUAAAAAAGCAUUGGCAGACAUGCUUGCGUUCCCAGGCUUUUGUAACUUAAAAAUUAAUGACGAAAUAUGUUGUUUAAAUAAGGGCAAAGAUUUCCUGGCCUCAACGGAGGAAAUUAUGGCUGCAAUUACCAAUGCUUUACUAUACCAAAGGCAAUUACUACAAUCAGGUUUACAAGAAAUUGUUAAUUGGUCUCACAAUAAUCCUACAGAACUAACUUCUAAUAACCUUUUUAAUAAAAUAAGCGAAAUGUUCGGUAAUUCGUCGCCAUCUUAUAAAUUAUCUGAACAAACAUUACAAAUCGUCUGCGGGAAACGAGCGGAGUGUAUAGAAACUAGGCGUAAAAGAUUAAUUAGCGAAAUUUCUGAUAAAAGUAUUCAAGCCGCUCUCGUUAACAUACCUCCUAGCGAGGAAUUUCUAUUCGAGAAAACACAAUUGAUGUCGCUGGUGCAAUCCCUCGGUGGGCCUCAUUAUUGGUUAUCACCCCCACAAACCUCUAAAAAUAGGGACCAAGGGAGGUCGUCUAAAGACGUUCAAAAACCGUUGGCAGGCACUUGGCGCGAACAAAUUUAUAAUAUCGGCAAUAACUGGUUUUCGAAUACCGUUUUACAAGAAACCUUCUCUAAUAAUGCCAACAAGGCUUGUUAUGAGUCGGUUUGCAACCAAACCGUCGCCGGCCAUGACUUAAAUAAUGCAAGACCUCUUGGAUCAAAAAAUACUGCAGCCUGUUACAAAAGAAACGCCCAGUUUUAUCUCCAAGCUAUUUCUGCGGCAAUUGGGGUAGCUAAACCAAAAUCAGUUAGGUCAUUUGUUAGUUGGGACUCAAAUGUUGUUCUGGAAUGGCUUUCAGCUAAUUCACCUAAAGAUACGCUCUUUGAAAUAUCGCGUAGAACAGCAACAGUGUUAUUGCUAGCUUCUGGACGUAGAGUCCACGAUCUUACCUUGUUACGAAUUUCCAAAGACAACUAUCUCGAUAAUGGACAAAACAUCUAUUUAAUACCGGCAUUUAGUUCAAAGACUGACAGACAUGACUGCCGCCAAUCUGCUUGGAAGCUGUCUAAACAUCCUGAUAAGAACAUCUGCCCAGUUAGUUUAGUUAGGUGUUUAAUAGAGAAAACCAAACAAAGAAGGUCGGAUAUUAGAGACUUAGACAACCUCUUCAUUACAAUUAGUAAUAAAGUAAAAUUUGCUUCCCGUACUGUAAUAGGCAACUGGGUGCGCGCAGUUCUUAAAGACAGUGGCAUUGAUGCUUCCCCAGGGAGUUGUAGAACAGAUGAUAAAUUUUUAGAGCCAAUUCAGGAGAAUGUUUCAGAAGAAUUGGAUCUAAAAGAACAAAUAACAUUAUCAAUGAAGUUAAUUCCGGCUUUUCAUGAGACUGAUCAAAUUUGUGAACCAUUUACUGGCUUUUCAAUAAGUAACUGGGAUCCUGAGACAGAAGAUUCAGAAAAUCGCGUAACAAAUUGGAUGGAAGAAAAUAGAUUGAAUCUAUCACAGCAGGCUCUUGCAUUUGAUAUGAAUGCUGAAGUCGAACCUAUUCCUCAGGAUGAGUGUCAAAAUGAUUUGUAUGAGGAGGAGCCGUUGGCGGGUAUGUCCAGCGAGGAGGAGGCGGACGUGGCGGUGGCGGCGUGCGUGGCGCGCCUGGCGCCGGCGCGGCUGCGCGCGCUGCCGGACGCGCGGCCCAGCGCGCCGGCGCACGCGCGCCUCGAGUACUCCUACUGCGCCAUCGUGGCCGCGUGGGCCGGGCCUGCGCACUGGCGGCUCAAGGGGGAUCGAGCGUCAAAAAUGUCAGAACGAUCACAAUCCACUGCCAGACUCACGACCGACGGCAAGAAACCGCCUCGUACUAAAAAGCAACUAGACUUCAUGGGCGCGGGUCUAGCCUUCGACGCAAAAACCAACAAUGUACCAGACUACGAGCCCACACAGCCUGCCAAGAUCAUGAUUAGUAGGAAGACGUUGGCCACCGGACACACAUGGAAUGAAGCUAACUUCAAAACUCCUAUUGAUAGGGGAUUAGACGAAUCUCAUUUUCUCAAGCUGUUCCUACGUCGCAAUGUGCUGAUGUUCCGCGAGCGGGACGCGCCUCGCGCACCGCCCGAGCCGCUUACAGUGGAAGGGAAUAAGGAAUACGACUACAACAAUGAGAACGAUGCCUCGUACUGUCCUAAUCAUGUACCGGACUGUGACGACUGGGGCAACGAAGAGGCGACGGCGGCCGGCGAUAUACAUGACCAAGUCAAAGCGGCGGAGAAUGAAGAACUCGGCGAUAUGUUAGAACCUCCUACAAAGAUUGCAAAAAUCUUCAUUCCAUACGCAAUGCGAGCGAAAAAAGUUGAUAUGAAACAACUGAAACAUUGCACUUGGAAAAUGCUGACAGAAAAAACACCAGAAGGCGAAAAAGAAGAUGUCUCAGAGACCACAUUUUUCAAUAUAUAUUCUCGAUUACCGAACAAACUGUCGACUAACAUGCGCGAGUCGCUCAGUGUGCCGCUGGCCUUAUUAUCUGUACUACACUUGGCCAAUGAAAAAGGACUCAUACUAGAGAAAAAAGAUGACCUCAAAGAUAUUGGUAUUAUAGGAUUAAUUAAAAAC